ACUUCCGCUGUCCCGCGGAGGGCGGGGGGUGGCGGGGGGAGUGAACUGUUGUGGUGCGGUGCGUUGGGCGGGCGGCGGCCGGUUGACCAGGGGCUGCUGCGGGACUCGGGGAGCAGCCGAGCGGCUGCAGGGGUGGGGCGGGCCGGACGCGCCGCGGGGCCCUGGCGCCGCGGGUUCGAGGCCGGGCCCCGGGCGGGGAGGCCGCGCUACCCCGGGAGAGCUGCCCAGCGGCGAGUUUGCCCGGCAGCCGAAAGAAGGCGGGAGCCGGCGGGGGCCCUCGAAACCCCCUGGCAACCUGUGCUCGGAGUCCCCGGGGAGCAGCUGCUUCCUGGGGCACCCUCUCGGACGUCCCUGUCGGAGGGUGACGGUUCUGGGCCCCCGGCGGGAGACGCCUCUGGGUGACCCCCGGCGGGGCCCUGCGAGCCGCGGGAGGCGGCCCCGGUGCCUCGAGCGGGGAGACAGGGGGUUUCCGGAGAAGCUGGGCAGGGGGCUGAAGGAGCCGGAGCGCAGCGGAGCGGAGCCUGGCCUCCCGGGCGCAGGGCAGGGCAGCGCCUCUUCUGGAGACUGACUCUGGGACCCUCGGGUGCGGGGGCCUCAGCGACCUGCCCCGCGGGGAGCGCGGCCGCGGAGUGGCCUACCGGGGACCCUUCCCCAGCGGGGCCGGCCUGGGGCGGGGAGAUGAACGGCUUCAGCACCGAGGAGGAUAGCCGCGAAGGGCCCCCAGCCGCCCCCGCCGCCGCCCCGGGCUACGGCCAGAGCUGCUGCCUCAUCGAGGACGGCGAGCGCUGCGUCCGGCCCGCGGGCAACGCCUCCUUCAGCAAGAGGGUCCAGAAGAGCAUCUCGCAGAAGAAACUCAAGCUGGACAUCGACAAGAGCGUAAGGCACCUAUAUAUCUGCGAUUUCCACAAAAAUUUCAUCCAGAGUGUACGAAAUAAAAGGAAGAGGAAGACAAGUGACGAUGGUGGAGAUUCUCCUGAGCAUGACACUGAUAUUCCUGAGGUUGAUCUAUUCCAGCUGCAGGUGAACACUCUACGACGUUAUAAACGACACUACAAAUUGCAGACCAGACCAGGCUUCAAUAAGGCCCAGCUAGCAGAAACUGUCAGCCGACACUUCAGGAACAUACCUGUGAAUGAAAAGGAGACCCUCGCCUACUUCAUCUACAUGGUGAAGAGUAACAAGAGUAGACUGGAUCAGAAAUCAGAGGGUGGCAAACAGCUUGAGUGAGGGUGAAGCACAUCCUAAAGGCAUGAAGUAUAAUGCUUAAUGCACAGGUGAUGUCAGCUACCAUUAAGCCCAUGAAGACUGUUAAAUUUUAUUGUAAAUAAAAAAGUUUGA